CCCGCGCGACGACCGGGGCGGGCACCCGGAGCCCCUUCAGGUCCCGCCGGCGGGGGAAGGUGCACGAAGCGGCUGUGGCCCCGGGAGCCCUCGCUGCUCUCCCCGGGGCGGGUGAAGGGCUUUACUCGCACUUUUCGGUGCACUUCUACCUGGGUAGCGCGGACGGUAGACGAGGCGGAGCUGCGGGUGACUCCAGGCUGCGGGAACCGCGCCAUUCCGAGGGCCGAGCCGCGGCCAGACCGAGGGACGCCGGGCCGGCUGAGGGUGCCCGUCGCGCCCCUCAGUAAAGCCCAGCCAGUUCUCGGGGCGGGCGCUCCCCACUCGCCCCUCACCCGGUGGGCUGGCCCGGGUGCCCGCCCCGCCCCGCCGGUAGUCUAGAAAAGCGGUGUCGGGGAGCCAGGAGCUGCUCGGAGGUACGGAGGGUUUCCGACUCUGACCAUGAAGAAUCCCGUGCCACAGGCGGCCUCGCUGCUGCUGGAGAAGCUGAUGCUCCUCGUCCACAUCCGGCCAUUGCCCGCAGGCUCUGGGGAUGAAACGCCACCGCCUGCACCCCGCUACUACGACACCAGCUGCUUCAAGCGAGGAGACCUGCUGGAGGUGCCCCGCACUCUCUUCAUCCACUUCGGCAUUUACCUGGGCGAGAACCGCGUCGCCCACAUGAUGCCCGACAUCCUGCCCUCCAUCACCGGCGACCGUCGGCAGAUCCAGCAGGUGGUGACCAACAAGCGGCUCAUCCUGGGCGUCAUCGCUAGGACGGCCAGCGUCCGGGUGGACACAGUGGAGGACUUCGCCUACGGCGGCAGCAUCCUGGUCAACCACAUGGACCGUCUCUUUGAGAACCAGGUGCUGGGCAGCGAGGAGGCGGCCCGCCGGGCGGAGAAGCUGGUGGGUGCCACGGCCUACAGCCUGCUCUGGAACAACUGCGAGCACUUCGUCACCUACUGCCGAUACGGAGCUCCUGUCAGCUUCCAGACCGACAAGUUCUGUGAAACUGUGAAGAUGAUUAUUCGGGACCAGAGGAGCGUGCUUGCAUCGGUGCUUGUGGGACUAGCGUCAAUAGUCUACCUAGGUGUGGCACCCUCCACCACACUCCCCACCAUCUUCAUUCCCUUCUUUCUGUGGAUGGCUGGCUAACAGCCUUCCUGGAGGCUUCCAUCCAAUGUCUGUAUAUAGGAUGUAUGCUACUGUACUUAUGAAAGCACACAUUACUCAUUGGCAUCAUGUAAAGUUUCUUAACUUUGUGCAUAAUUUUAAAAUACAACUUUGUCUAGAACACAGUGCAUAAGGCAUAGCUUACUGUGUAAGCUAAAUAGCAUUUCCUGAAAAUCUUGGUAUAAUUAAACACACCUUUAAAUAAUGGAAAAAGUAGGGUUGCGAUGCAGUUCUGCUCCUUGUCUUUAGUCAAAAAUGAUUCUAAUAACAUCCUUCAUGUUCUUCAGUUUCUUAGCUGCAUACCUGGGUGCUAUAACUAUUAAUAAAAAUGGAUGAUAGUGUUCCACAGAGUGAUGGAAAUGGAGAACAAACUGGUUACCUCUUCCUUUUAUAGAUAUAGUGUAUAUUCAGAAAUUACUGUCUCCAUUCUUAAAAUACUCCUUGGUGGAAAUGCAAGUAAAUUGACUCUUUUUUUGAGAGCAAAGAAGAAAAACCAUACCUGAGCUGGGUGCUGCAGGAGCACAUCUGGCAAGACCAGUUAAAGUCAUUUCACUUUUGGGAAAUGUUCAGAAAUCUGUCAUUCAAAUUAAAUAUGUAAACACUUUUUACCUUA